CUCCAAGUGGAAUUGCAUUUUGGGCAGUUGAGAGGCCAAAGGUUUUGGGCGCCAGUGGUGGGUGGAGUGGUGUUACUUUGUUGGUAUCUGUUCCACUAUUCAAUGGAAGCGCUUUAGAAGUAGCGAGACACAUCAAGUGUUGCAAAAGAACGUGAACGUAGAUUAUGGGGUGCUUUUCUAGCAAAGAGUUUCAGAGCAACGGGAAGAAAAAGUACGGAGUGGUUUUGAUAGGCUUGGAUGGAUCAGGAGCAACAACUAUAUUGUAUUUUCUAAAGCUUGGAAAGCAAAUGAUGACAAUGCCGACCCUGGGUUGCAACACAGAAACAGUACAGUACGGAGAUAACGAACUGGUGAUAUGGGACAUCGGGGGUCUUGACAAGGUGCGAUCCUUAUGGUCAGAGUUUAGCAAGGACGCACAAGGAGUUAUAUUCGUAGUAGAUUCAUAUGACCGAGAAAGAAUACCCCAAGCUAAAGAAGCACUAUUCAAUUUUCUAAGAACACAAAAGCAAUCUGACCGUAAAGUCCCUUUGCUGGUCUUUGCAAAUAAGCAAGACAAGGAAGGUGCUUUAGCACCAGCAGACAUUGCAAACGAAUUAGAACUUCACAAACUGGCACUUCAAAGUUAUCAGGUGGUUCCUUGCUCAGGAAGAACAGGUGAAGGUCUCUCGGACGGUAUGAAUUGGUUAUUGACUGAAAUCAACAAGAACGUAAACUCUGGAGACCGCAAGUAGUAAAGUAGCUGUUAGAAAAGCUUCAUGUUACAAAAUAAACUGCUGGUUUGUUAUUUGUUUGAAUGUCACCAAAACUGGUGGCUGCUGCUUGGUUGAAAUGGAUAAGAUUCCUUUUAGGAAUAUCUUUGCACAAUUGGAAAGUUGUCUGGUCUUGUGUUACUGUGGUUUGAAGCGAAACCAACUAUAGGAAUUCCGGAUUGGUGAAGGAAACAUUGAAGUAAACUUACUUGUAACUCGAAACUUUCUCCAAACAGAACGAAGAACAGUCAAGGAGAAGGUGUCUUUUUGAAAACUUUUACAAUUCACCCACCGUGCUUGGCAAGUUUGUUAUACGAUAAAAGAAUCUUAUUUGUUCUUCCAUAAGAAACCCGUUUGAAACACUUGAACAGAUAGACUACAACGAAAAUAGUUCGCUGAUAGGCCGGACAUUCAAGGUAGAAUAUUCUGUUCUUACUUGUAGCAACGUCUAUAUUUUGUACGAUAUUACUGAAGUUUUAGUCUUCGAAUUCUCGUAAAUUUUGCUUGAAUAUAAUAUUUGAAGAAACUGUAAUGCUUGGUUUUUCUCAAGUCUUUCUUGAGUGUUGUUAUCAGUGAAAGUUUUCUACAUAUAGGUUUGCUAUUUAGAAUUGUAUAAUCCGAACAGUUACGAAAGCGAGCAAGAUGAGUUUACCUUC